AUGAAUACUACACCUCGAAAAUAUCGCCAUGCCACUCCGCAAUCAGCAAACAACACACCAUUUGCUCGCAACAAUGCCACUACACCCAAUGCUCCUCGUUCGCCGAUCAAGCUUAGUAGUCGUGACCGUCAAGAGCUGGGAUUGAGUCUAAAACGCGUUAUUGGAACUACCUGCCAGUCGGUUUUCUGCUUCGAUCACUUGGCUUCGACAAGAAGUUUUGCCUAUACCGCUGGCGCAGCUGCAGUUGUCGCAACCGUCCAACCUGACGGGAACAUCACACAGCGUUUCUUCAGAGCCAAUCCUGCUCAGUUUGCGCAAAGAUCAAACUUCCCGGCCAACGUAUCUGCCUCACCUGCCGACUCAAGGCUUCGCUCCCCUCUACCACCCACCGAUCGCUCUGAAUGGAACGACGCCAAUGCAGCAAGUAGGAGCAGUGCUGUACGCGAACGUGUGAAGGCUGCCACCGCAGUAAGCUUCAGUCCAAAUGGUCGCUUCCUGGCCGUGGGUGAGACUGGAUACAAACCUCGUGUUUUGGUCUUCUCACUCGCCGACAAGUCCUUUGCCGAUUCGCCUGUGUCCUCGAUAUGCGAACAUACUUUUGGCGUCCAAUCUGUGAGUUUCGGUCCAGACUCGAGGUAUCUUGCUUCCCUAGGAACCGUGAACGAUGGAUUCUUGUACAUUUGGAGUAUUGACGAAAGAGGAGGAAAUCCUACUCUGAUCGCCAGCAACAAAUGUAUAACCAGCGUACGCCAUAUGGCCUGGAUGGGUUGUAGUCUGGUGACGGUGGGUCUCAGAUUUAUCAAGGUUUGGAGACCCAAUGACCUUCCAGCUAGUGUCAACGAGAACUCAGAAAAAGGCUAUGGACUGUACAACCGUCAGCAUAAGCCAUUAGCUGGCCGAAACACUCUUCUGGGAGACCUGCUUGACGCGACUUUCACAUGCGUGGCAUCCUUCUCUGACACAAAGGCCAUUAUCUGUACUGAUGGUGGAGAUGUUUGUAUCCUCGACGAUGAUGACAAAGCCCAACGUCUGAUCAGAGUCGCAAAUGUGGACUUUAGCAUCACUGCUGCAUGCGUUGGACCUGAUGAUAAAAUCAUCAUUACAGGGCUGGAUGGCAGUAUUGAGGUCUUCAAUCUCGAUGAGCUCUGUAGAACGCACAUAUCACCUGAUACGCCGCCCGGAUCCAGAGCAUCCUCGAAGCCGUCGAACUCGGGCUUUGUUGCUGUCGGAUUCGUAGAGGAUGCCAUAGUGACCGUGGACAACAGCCAUGGCAUUCAGCUACGACACAUAUCUUCAAAAUCUCAUGAUGAGAACUCCAACUACGCAGUGAUACAGAAGCUCCCAGCACAUUCAGACGCCGUCCUUGGAGUACGCGCUGUCAUUGCACCGAACGAACAGAACAUCGCCUUCAUCAGCUGGUCUGCCAACGGCACUGUUAUCUUCUGGUCGUCAGAGUGCCAGGCAAAAGCGAUGAUAUCCGUGUCGAUGGACCAAUAUGUCGACAUGUACAAUGUUGUCAAUGAGCUCAAGACUGUUGUGGCGUUUUCCGAUGUCUCUCACGCGGUUUCUGGUGACAAAUAUGGCGUUUUGAGAAUUUCGAACGUCGAUACUGGAGAAGAUGUCUCGCGGGUCAGGGCUCACGCAGGAGAAAUCACCGACAUUGCAAUUCACGAGGAUGCAAAACACACUCUGAUAGCAUCAAGCAGUCGAGACCGAACCAUCCAAUUCUUGACAUGGAGCUCAGGUAACCUGGAACUCUUGCAAACGCUAGAUGAGCAUGCUGGUGCAGUCACCAGUGUUCUGUUUGCCAAGAAAGGUGAACAAUUAUUAUCAUGUUCGGCCGACAGGUCUGUAGUGGUUCGAGAAGCUGCAAGACAAGGAUCUGGCCCUCCACUCUUCAUCAUUACUAGGACGAUUACACUGAAAAGCUCACCUACAUGUUUGAGGACAUCUCUGUUUGAUGACACUCUGUUGGUCUCUGCAACGGAUCGAACAAUCCAACUCGUGAGCACACGUACUGGUCGUGUCGUCUCUUGCUUCAAGGCCGGAGAUCCGGAUGGUGGAGAUUCCGUGAUCAUGUCCAGCCUGGUGCAUCUGCCUUCCACAGCAGGAUCGCCAAUCGUCGCAGGUGUAGCAGGCAGUGAUAAAUCUGUCCGCAUGUAUUCGGAAGACGGUACUCUACUCGCGAGAGAUUGGGGUCACACAGAAGGGGUCACUGACAUUGCACUGCUGAAAUCGCAUGCAGCUCCUGAUGACCUGGCAGCAAUGAAGCUUGUCACUGUUGCUGCUGAUGGCACGAUAUUCGUGUGGGCGACCACUCCCGAAAGACCUCGAUCAAGAGACUCAGACAUGGCCCCGUCAUUCGCGAGCAUAGCCCCCGGCAUCAUCUCCGCAGAACAACCACUUCGCAAAGUGAUCUCUCACAGCGAAAUUGCUAGAUUUCAACGAGCUCGGUCCAAUGAGACAGAACCCUCGGAUCCAACAGCAGCUACAGCAAGCACAGGCCUCAAGAAAAAACCUAGCCGACUGAGCAUCCGUCCACCACCGCCAAUGACGCAAAGGUUAGAGCCUUCGCCGCUGGGGACAUUGCGCAAUGGUCUGACUGUCAGAAGCAGACAACGCAGUCCGAGUCCUACACCGCCGAGCCCGAGUCCGAGAUUACCGCCUAGUCCGAGGACACACCCGAGGAACAAGAGCACUAAAGCCGAAACCAGUACCACGGGAUUCGGCAGCAUUGCAGCGUCUACAGAUCAGCUCUCUCGCAUGCUGAAGGCAUACAGACAGAAACUCGAUGGCAAUUACUCUGGGUUGACGAAUGACAAACUGCAAGAGUUGGAAAGAGAACUCGAUGCUACCGUUCAGACCGUACGGCAGAAGUUGGCAGCAGUGGGCCAUAAUGACGACAAAGCAGUUCAGGAUGGGAGUAGUGCUGCAGACGACAGCGGGACAUCGAGAACAGCAUCGUCUUCACAGGAUGCUUCGUUUGUAUCUGCUCAGACAGAAGUAGAUGGAGAGACCACGGGUGGAGCCGAGAACACUGCAUCUCGAUAA